GCAAAAUAUUUUAACAACCCGUAAUGAUCAAAAAUCGGGUCUAUAUAAAAUUCACAUUGUAUUAAAAAUUAAUCAUCACUUCUGGAUUCAUACCGAAGAUGUUUAGUAGAUUCUUGCUCUGUGUGGUUGUUGCUUAUGUAUGCUGUGAUGACUGUCCCGAUCAGUGGUCUCAGUACAAAGAUCACUGUUACUGGCCGUCAACAUCUAGUGCAUACAGCUGGAAAGCUGCCGAGCAAGCAUGUGAGAGCCGUGGAGCAUAUUUGACAGAAAUAGGGGAUCAUGACGAGAAUGAUUUCAUUGCCCGAAUGGCGUUUGGUGCAGGUACUUGGUUCUUUAUGGGUAUUGUUCAUACAGAACAAUCUGGUGGAUAUGUUACUGCAAGCAAUAGUGAAGGACUGGAAUAUAGUAACUGGUUAGAAAUUCAAAACUCCGCAUCAGCUGGACCAAGUUGCACCAGAAUGGGCUAUCUUGGCUACUGGGAAUCCUACUCGUGUGACGAAAAACAAUAUUUCAUUUGUGAGAGUGAUGAAUAUAUAGGCAGUAGUUAUUUUGGAACAUGGUUAUCAAACACCAAUUCAUUCAGCUAUGAUGGUCAUUACUACAGAACUGUUGGCAAAAAGGCAACAUAUGACGAAGCUCAGAAAAUGUGUGAAAAAGCUGGUGCGUAUCUUGUUGAACCCAACGACGAAGGUGAAAAUGUAUAUGUGCAUGACAAGAUGCACGAAGCAUUUUAUGGUCAUUGGCGAUAUAUUGGAGGAUCCGAUACCAAACGGGAAGGAUAUUUCGUCUGGAGUGACAAUAAAUCUCUUACUUUUAAGAAUUGGUGGCCGGGAGAACCUAAUAAUAAAUAUAAUGAGGAUUGCAUGGAAAUGAGAUAUUGGGGAAAGUGGAAUGACGUCGAUUGUUACCAUAACAACCGAUAUAUCUGUGAAAAAACAAUCGGUGAUAUAGGCACGACAGAUGCUAAAGUCGGAACAAAUGCACCAGUCACAACAAAUGCUGCAGUCGGAACAAAUACACAAGUCACAACAGAUGCUAAAGUCGGAACAAAAGUUGAAGUCACAACACCACAUCCGAUGGAAUCGACGACCGAUUAUUUUUAUUACUAGUUAUAAUUUCAAUCCUACAAUUACAACUACACAACGUAUAAUUGAUUCGAUAUCCUCUGUAACAAUCGUUAUAUCUUUUAAAAAAAUAUAUAGAUGUAAACACAUUUUCCAAUAAAAUAGUGCAAUGAU